CCAACCGGUGACAAUGCGAAUGGGCAGCCGAUAGGACGACGAUGCGGUCCGAGCAGUCCUUCGCCGAGAAGCUGAAGCAGCGCCAGGCCCAGCAGCGCCGCGCCGACGCCGCGCGCGAGGCGGAGACUGAUGCGGAGUUCCGAGCGCGCGUGCUGCGCGAGAUGACGGACCCCGUGGGCCACGCGGCCGGCGCGGGCCUCAACGCCGCGCAGGCGAAGCGCCGGCCGCCGCCGCCCGGGCCCGCGGCGCUGCCGGUCGACGGCCAGGGCGCCUACGCGCGCGCGCCGCGCGUCGUCAUGCCGCCCGAGGCCAUGGUGCGGAAGAUGCGCCAGGAGGUCAAGGGCGUCUCGACCGGCGCCGUGGCCUUACCUGGUUUAUUUCGGUCCGGCGACGCGCGGCCGACGACGGUGAAAUUGUCAUUUGCGGACUGCGGCCGACCAAGACCGGAAGAUAUCGAUCGCGUCGCGUCCGAAUUAGCCUGCGGCGUCUACGCCUACGGCGCGUUGCCUUGGUUAUCUCUCGAGUCGACGUGCGACCGGGGCGCCAAAAGGUUAUCAACCUUACAUCCGUGCUACCGCGGCACGCUCAUUGGGAGGUGCUGCCUCGAAUUGGACGUGGCGUUGAAGGCCGUGGGUGGCACGGCUCAUGGUGGCUUGUUCCUAGAUUGUGAGGAACGCGAUACGUUUCUUGAGAAGGAGUGCGCAACCUACGACUGGGGGCCGAAUGCGCAGCGCGAGUGGCCUUCCCACUUAAAAGGACCCGCCGAGGACCCCCUCGCGACCAUCUCACAAAAUUACAAGUCCUUCCGGACGUCGGAUCAGAUGUUCGGCGACAGUACGGUAAGGGACUGGAAGGUCGAGUGGGAACGAACCUGGGACGGCGACGCGACGGGCGCGGACGUCAAGGCCCAGAUGGAGGUGCUCGAGGUCUGUGACGAGGAGACUGAUGGGAGACGGACGUUGCAUGCGAGAGCCUCGAUACCGUGGAGCGUGGCCAUCCACGCCGGGUCCGGAUCACAGGCCGCGCAAGAGGUCGCGAAACGAGGCGAGUUACUGUGUCAGAAGAUGCUGCCGCGCGUGCCCAUUCCAAGAGCUCCCCUUGGUCAUUGGCAGCCUCCCGAGAAUCACGAUAGGAUGGCCUACUUCGUGUCACUACUGAGAUGCGCCGCGUCCCUCAGUUCUGUACUCUUAGCAGCAAAAAGGGACACGGACUUGGUGCCCUACGCUUUAUUAUCAAGGUUCUUCGAGAGUACAUCAACAAUGACAGCGACGCCGCGCUGGCUCCCUUUUGAGCCGGCCGUGGACAUGCAGUCGGGCGCCGCGUUUGUCGGCGGCGGCGUUUCUAUUGGUGCUGCCUCGGCCAAGGUAGAGUGGACGGACACGCCACCCUCGACAACACUAGACGACGCGACAUAUGUAUUAGAUCUCGCGCCGCGCGUCCAGGCCCCAGACGCUGAUGACAUGCUCACCGCGGUGGCCGCGUCGACGGCCCAGGCGUCGUGUAGCUUCCUGCACGAGGUCGUGGCUUUGGGCCUGGCCGAGAACUACGCGCGGGCGCACCCGGGGGCGCCGCUGCCCGACCGGUCGUCCCUGUGCGUGCCGCUCGAUUCUACAUCUCUGGCGGCGUUACUGGUGGAGCUCUUCCCCGAGCGCUAUUGUCGACGGCUAGGACUCGGGCGCUCGGCAGUCGCGUCCACUAUUCUCAAUAGAACCGACGCCGCGGAGGCUUUGGCCGAAAUGAGUGGAGAGACCGUCGCCAAGGCGGAGGAAAAGGAACGCACCGCGAAAAAAGAGAGAGUAGUGCUCUUCAACGGCGACGUCCACGACGGCCACUGGUUGUUCGGGCGAAAGCACGGGCCGGGCGCCUACGACUUCGUGAGCGGCGCGAAGUACGAGGGCAAGUGGUCUUCCGGAAAAAUGGUCGGCAUCGGCUGGUACACGAAGGACGGCAAGCGGAAUUUGGUAGAUAAUCGUAAGAAAUCUUAGGCCCCGAGGUUCGGGUUCCGCAACACCAAAAUCACGGAGUCCCCCCGCAGGAACAUCUUCGAGAUGUACCGCUCCUUGUUCACGGGCUUGGCCUUCUUCUUGCCCUUGCCCGUCUUCGGGACCUCGGUCCAGACCUCCUUCACGUUCUCCAAAACCAUGUUGCAGUGCCUAUCAAACGCCUUGACCCGCGCGAGCAGUUUGUGGUUGUUCCGGACAUUAAUCAGUACUUGCGAGUUCGUGCGCAUGCUGUGCAAUAGGAGAGAGAGGGGGCCCGUCGCGAACUCGUCCUCGGCGCCGCCCUCCUUGUCCUCCAUCGCGGACAUCUUGGUCCCGCUGCGGCGCUACGGCGGCGAGCUUAACAGCCCACGCGCGCUCUCGCAAGCGGGUGGUGUGCGCGCGGCUCGCGGCGGCUCGCGGCGGAUAAAUGUGCGCGGCGCGGCGAACGGCCCACACGGGUGGCACGGACGGCGCGCGGCGGCGGGCGGCUCGUGCGCGGGCAGCUCGCGGCGCGGCGGCGGCGAGGCGGCAGAGCUGGGGCUGUGCUUCACCGGCGAUGACGCGGCUUGGCCUACAGCACAAUGACGACGCGUAGGAAACGCUGCUUGCCAGUGACUGUACGGCGGGCACGCGUUGGCGUAAACGCGGCCUUUUUUCACAGAGGCUUAUUGCUUGCUUGCU